GAGAGUACGGGGUAUGCGUUUCAAACCGGAGUGGAGGUGGAGGGGGGGAUUUCUGAUUCGCCAAGCAGCGCUCUGAUGGUUCGGUGCGCUCACAGAGGAGCGGGGAGGAUGCAGAGGAGGGAGAGACAGUGAUGCGGUGACACAUGGCUGCCUGUACCGCCUGCACGCUCUGACUGCGGCUUCCACUCUCCACUCACCGGGAAACAGGAGAGGCUGCCUGGACACUGGGAUGCUGAGAGACGCUGCUGGAGGCUGCCGCAACCACAGACCGGGAUCAACCAAACAAACGAGCCCUGAAGAAACCGGGGACCACAUAGACUAGACUGCUGAGCGGAUACCCUGCUGAUCUUUUUACCUUUUGUGUGCCUGAGGGUUUUUGUCCCUGCCGAGCCGCCGUAGCGAUGGGAGAUAACAUGUCCAAGCGACUGAAGCUGAUCUCGGCUACAGAGGCGGAGAUGGAGGAGCGCUCUUUUCCGAACCCGUACCCGGACUGGGACCAGGGAGUCCUCACCUCCAACUCCGGAGCCGACGUAGACUACAACGAACCUUUUGAUGCAGAAGGAAAGGUGAGUGCAGGAUUCCAGAAGAAGGUCCAGAGUAAGAUCAAAGAUCUCCUCCUGCAGAUGGAGGAGGGCCUGAAGACUGCUGACCCCCAUGACUUCUCCACUUACACUGGCUGGACAGGUAUUGCCUUGCUGUACCUGCAGCUGCACCGGGUCUCCGACGAGGCCUCCCACCUGCAGAGGGCACUGGACUAUGUGAAGAGGGCCAUGAGGAUCCUGAACGGCCGCAAAGUGACAUUCCUGUGUGGUGAUGCGGGGCCACUGGCAGUGGGCGCAGUGGUCCACCACAAACUCAACAACACUGCUGACAGCCAAGACUGUCUGUCAAGACUCCUCCAGCUGCAGAGGGCAGUGCUGAGCCCAGACUCCGAGAUGCCAGAUGAGCUGCUGUACGGCCGGGCCGGCUACCUGUUCGCUCUGCUCUACAUCAACAAAGAGAUAGGAGCUGACACGGUGGACGAGAGCACCAUCACGAAGGUGGUGACAGCCAUGAUGGAAUCAGGGAAGAACAUGUCAGCGGAGCAGAAGAAGACGGAUCGCUGCCCUCUGCUCUACGAAUGGCACAAAAAGCAGUACAUCGGGGCGGCCCACGGCCUGGCCGGCAUCUACUGCCUACUCAUGCAGCCGGGAGCGAAGGUCCCUCUAGACAUGCUGUCGGAGCUGGUCCGUCCCAGCAUCGACUACGUCCGCCACAAGAAGUUUCGUUCGGGGAACUUCCCGUCGUCGCUGAGCAACGAGAGCGACCGUCUGGUUCACUGGUGCCACGGAGCGCCGGGCGUCAUCCACAUGCUCCUCAUGGCUCAUAAGGUGUUUAAGGAGGAGAAGUACUUGAAGGAAGCUGCAGACUGUGCUGAGGUGAUCUGGCAGCGCGGCCUGCUCAGGAAAGGCUACGGUAUCUGCCACGGCACCGCUGGCAACGGCUACGCCUUCCUGUCCCUUUACAAGGUCACCCAGGACAAGAAAUACCUGUACCGGGCCUGCAAGUUUGCUGAGUGGUGUUUGGACUACGGCACCCACGGCUGUCGCAUCCCGGACAGACCCUACUCUCUCUUUGAAGGUAUGGCGGGGGCCAUCCACUACCUCUCAGAGAUGGCGGUGCCCGAAGCUUCCUGUUUCCCUGCCUUUGAACUUUGACCUGCCAACUGACGGGACCGGGGGAAAUGAAAAGGGGGGGCGGGGACAAACUGACCUGAGUUUUUACUCAAACACAGGAUGAGUAUGUACUUGCGAUACAGCUUUCAGCCGUGGUCGUGAAUGAGUGGCGACCAAAUCGGACUGAAGAUGAGCCUGGAACAAAUCUUAAGAAAUGUCCAUUAAGUAAAAAGGACAGAAGGACAAUGUUGAUGGAAUUGUCUCUGGCUUCCUGUUGGGCCUUUCAGGAACUCUGAGGUCGCCUGUCGUCGUCGGCAUGGACACAGACGAUCACGCCCUCAGCCUUUAAUAUCGUAGCGCCCAGAAAGAGGGUGUGUGUGUGUAUGUGUGUGUUUUGGUAUUCCUAUGCCUCUGCAUGCUCGCUGUAAAUGGCUUUUGGUGCCUCGUAUCCUGUCGAUGUAGUGGUUUUCCUCUUCCUGUAGCUGUGCUGUUUCUCCAGGUGUUUGUCACAUGGUGGGAAAUAUUUUCAAAACUAGUCCGCCUAGCUUGCUAACAUUAGCACUGAUUCCCACUAGAUGUUACUUUUAGCUCAUGUUAUUUCUACACACUCACCUUCGUCGGAGUCUAGCGAGCAGCAGGUGUUUCUCCUUCGUGGAUCAUGAACUGACCAGAUUCGUCAAAACGCCCAUCAACCUGCACAGUCACAGAUGAGGCUAAUGUUAUUUUACUUAGGGCUAAAUCAAAACAAGCAAAUUCACAAAAAUAAUUUAUAUUUCGGUUUGACUUGGAGCAGUAUAAAAGCUAAGUCAUCAAAUAAGAAAUGAAUGUGAUUUAGAACAAAGUAACACAGAAAUCAUGAUAAACUCCUGUCCUGAAGCCAAAAGCUAGUUAGCUUGUUUUGAUAAGAUGUUCCUUUACUUUACUUUUCAACCAUUUCAAAUGGAGGUUAUCUCUUAUUUUUGUUGCCCAGCUGAAAUAUAAAGACAGAGGAAUUUUUUCCCCACAAUGUGACAGAUGUCUGAAUUGAAAUAAAAGGUUUUUACUUUGUUGUUUAGGCACCAGAAAAAAAACUACCUUGUUUUGCAUUGAUAUAAUUUCUGCUGAAACUGGUCCAAGCUACAUUUAUUUAAAAAUAAAUAAUUGAGUUAUAGUAUUGUAUCCCUACACAUGGAUUUGUGUACAAUAUAUUAUGACACAUGACGGUUUAAAUAAUUUAGUGACGGAAGACAUCUAAAGUCAGGCAUCUGUCUCGUGCACUUUCGAACAUGGAAGAACUGGCCUGUACAGUUGGGUUUAGAUCAGCAGGUGUAAACUUGAUACUAUUAAAACAAAAAGGGGUAAUUUGAGAAUUUUCUCCUACUGUCAACAUAGUGAUGUCUGUGAUGGACAGUUACCCCCCAACCUAAUUGUUGUAUCUACCAUGUCUUCAAAUGAUUUCACCUAUUCUCUUAUUGAAAAGUGAGUCAUCACUGGUGAAUUAAGUCUAGGACGAGUUUUUCGGACAUGGACGGUCAGUCUUCAAAAUGCAGCCUCUGAGCAGAGACACAGCUACUGAAGCUAAACCAAAGGCGGCUAAGCAAAGCGUCAAUUAGUGCAUCAUUUCAUGCUGCGUUCCUAUUGGCUGGUUUGUAGAUGCAGGUCGUAGCAGAACUCACAUUAUUAGCUGGUCAACCUAAAAUUCUGACUAACAACAAAACCAACAUCAUGACCGGGUUUCUCUCUGGUUUAGUUUAGUCAGGUCUCCUUCAGGCUCAGCUGUAAAGUAGAGUAAAAUCCAAGAUGUCCGACAGCACGUGAAUGCACAUAAAUGCCUAAUUCUCUUGCAGAGAUCUCGUCAUGAAUGUCAUUGCAUGAGAAUAAUGUCACAUGUGAAACUGUGUGUGUCCUGGUUCACUGGUCCUUUUUAAAUGUAUUUGGUGGUGAUGUGUGUCCCGCUCCCAGCAGCGAGGACUCUGGACAUUAAUGGAGACGUGUUGAGUGUUUCAUCUUUGUCCCUGUGUGUGGAUUUGAUUUGACUCGGCCUAACUGGUGUUAAGAUAUGCCUGUGUGUUUAUUUGUUCCUCAUUAAACUCCUGGGCUUCAGUGACAGAGCAGUGACAUGUAACUAAGUGUUCUUCCCAACAAAGGUCAAAUGUCAGAAUUCAUGCAAAGUUUGGAAAUAAAAUGAAUAGAGCUCCUA